GAAGUAGGCCCCUACCCCGUAUUUUUUAAAAUGUUUAAAUAAUGAACAAUGAGCUUGCUCAUACGGAAAAGGCUAACGUAAUCAUGAACUUGCGCAUACUCGCUUGUGCUUUUAUAGAUCUCAAAGUUCGGCCCCCUGCGCCAGAAAGGGGCGGUCUUAUGAUGUAAUCGGAGUAAACAGUAAAGAUGGCUUCGUCGGGAUCAGAGGACGGGUGUUCUGAAGUUAACGGGGUUCUACAUGAAACUAGCAAGAAGAUACUAACUGAUUUACCAGCUGAAUUGCUUGAAUACAUCUUGUGCUUCCCUAUCCUGAACAACAUUGACAUUUCCAACGUGUCCUGCAGUUGCAAGCGAUUACAUGAUGUGUGCCACGGCAGAGGGAAGGUUUGGGGACAUCAGUACAAACUCAGGUGGCCUAGACUGCUGAAGAAUUACCGGCAGAACGAGCCUUGUGAUUGGCUUAACGAGUACAGAAGACGACAUGUGGUCGGCCUCCAAGUCCGAAGAACAGUGGAGUCCGUUUCCAGGAGGUUCUUUACAGAAGUUCCUUGCGUUGGUCAGGUGCUGGGGGACAGCUUUGCAGAGAUUGAGUCCCUUGGAGCCCCAGAGCACUUCUGUGAAGAUGAACUCCUCUCCAUUCUGUAUUCUGACCGGAGGAAGAGCCUGACUUUGAAGUACUAUGCAAAGAAAAUCCUUUACUUUCUCCGGCAGCAGAUCAUCUUGAGGAGCUUGAAGGUGUUCCUGGACCAACCUUCAGAGGAGCAGUCUGCGCUUGAGGGUGCCGUGCUGGUAGACCAGUACUGUAACCCCCUGGCAGGCUUUUCCCUGCACAGCAUCUCCACCCAGCUCCAGGAGAUCGCAGACAAGGUCAAGAAGACGCUGCGCAUAAAAAACUCUUCCCAUCCUAGCCUCAGGGCCAAUCAAGAUGACUGCUUUGUGGUGGAAGACUUGGAGCUCCAGAGACAGGUGGUUUGUGUCCUCAACUCCGUCCUGUACGAGCAGCUUGAGUACAAGGGCAACGAGUGUGACUAUUACAACCCUCUCAACUCCUACAUCCACCAGGUGCUACUCCAACGGACGGGCAUUCCCAUCAGCCUCUCUGUUCUCUACAUGACCUUAGCCAGGAAGUUGGGUGUCCAGCUGGAGCCAGUCAACUUUCCCAAUCACUUCCUAUUGCGUUGGUGCCAGCAAAGAAGAGGGAGUGCAGAUAUCUAUGACUACAUCUACAUCGACGCCUUUGGGAAAGGAAAGCAGCUGACGGCCAAGGAGUGCGAGUACCUGAUUGGUCACCAGGUGACGGCGGACUACUACAGCGCUAUCAGCACCACCGAGGUGCUGCUGAGGAUGGUGGGGAAUCUGCUCAACAUCGGCAAGCGCGGCAGAGAGGGGAACUACCAGCUCCUGAGGGACUCUCUGGAUCUCUACCUCACCAUCAACCCAGACAACGUGCAGUACCUGCUGCUGCAGGCCAGACUCUACUUCCACCUGGGCAUCUGGCCUGAGAAGGUCCUGGACAUCCUGCAGCACAUCCAGGCUCUGGACCCGUCUCAGCACGGAGCGGUGGGGUACCUGGUGCAGCACACCCUGGAGCACAUCCAGCACAAGAAGCACCCCAUCGAACCCUGCGCCAAGAAGCGCAGCGCUCCCGAACACCAGGAGGUGCACUUCUCCGUGGGGCUAAUCAUGAAGCACAAGAGGUCGGGCUAUAACUGUGUGAUCUACGGCUGGGACCCAAAGUGCACCAUGUGCCAGGAGUGGAUCACCACCAUGAGAGUUCACCAGCUGUCCUACGGAGUCAACCAGCCCUUCUACAACGUCCUGGUGCAGGACGGCACGUGUCGCUACGCAGCCCAGGAGAACCUGGAGCCUCAUUCGGCCCCCCGGGAGAUCGCACACCCCGAGGUGGGCCGCUACUUCUCCGAAUUCUGCGAGACCCACUACACGGCCAACGAGGAGCUGCAGGCCCUGUACCCGGAGGACACGCCCGAGACGCUACGCACUGUCCAGGAGCUUUACCCCAGUCCGGACGCAAGCUUGGAGCCCCCCGACCCCCCGGGCACACCGCCGGCCCAAAACGCCACAGGAGUGUGACUCGCCACCUCCCCCACGGGCAGGAACGCUCGACCGUCACCCGCCAACCGCAGUCAGAUCCACGGCCUUGGCCCUCCCCAGCCACGCACACCUAUCCACAUCACGGAAUGAAUCACUUCAACGUCACUCUGCCACACUCACCUCGUAGUGUCCAUGCACUUAUGGAGUAUGACUCCCCACCUCUGAAAUGGUCAUCUAUUUCUUUUUCUGUACAUUUACAAGUAAAAAAAUGUAGUAAGUAA